AUGACCUGGAGGAGCGCUUUGCUCCGGUACAGCGCGUGGCAGCAGCAGGACCGAUCAACUCGCACCCGCGAGCCGCAGCCUACCCAGUUGGAUGCGGAUGCGGACGAGUAUAGUGUGACCAGAUCGCUGGAGGCAUACCUGCUAUGGUUGUUUGGUUACAUCAUGUUCAACAACACCCAUGGUAACUCCGUCGACAGGAUCCUACUUCCGUACGCACGAGAGAUUGCGGAUGCAGAGGAUGACUUACCGCCCUACAACUGGGGUUCGGCGGUAUUGGCGGCCACCUACCGUGGACUCUGCGACGGGUGCAGCAAGACCGAUGGUGAGGCUAUUUUCUCGGGGUGCCCACUCCUGCUUCAGCUUUGGUCGUACGAGAGAAUAGCGGUUGGUCGCCCUAUCGUGAGCCAGGAGCCAUACCACGACAUCUUGUACGGCGACGACGAGGAGGGUUGGCCCACGAUGGGUACCCUCUGGAACUGGCGUCAAAGAUCUUGGGUGCAUGCCCAGGUUAGGCGCGCAUAUCUUGAAUUCGUGUCGGAGCUGGAUAUGCUGACGCCAGAGGACGUUAUCUGGGAGCCAUACACCCCAGAGGCGGUGGCGAGACGUGCACCUUUAGGCCUGUCUCCACACUGCUCUGCGAAUGCGGGCGUGUGGCUUACUACAGCCGUCCUUGUUUAUGACAUCGCGGUUGAGGCACAUUGCCCGCACAGGGUCAUGAGACAGUUUGGACAGCGACAGGAGUUUCCGGUGGCCACGGCUUUGGACCGAGUCGAACGGCACAACCACAGGUUGUCGAGGAGUGGCAUGCCGUGCUCAGCCGUUUGGCUCACCACGAUGCAGUCGUGGUUGGAGCAAUGGGACGAUGCAGAUGAGAAUGUGGUCGAGCCGACAGGACCACACACAGACAGCUCUUUCAGGGCUUACCUCACCUGGUACUUGCCUCGGACUCAGGCUCGUUUGGUCUUUCCUGACACGAACCCGCAGCCACACCAGGCGAGUCUUCGGGAUGGCUACGCCAAGCACCACGUGGAAGCACUAGCUGGCGCGUUUCGACUUUGCAACAUGAUGGAGGCGGACUGCUCUGCUUACCUCACGAGGGUGGAUCACGGUUCCCCUAUGACCCAGGUUGAGCAGAGAGAGGCAUGGACCAGGCACCGUGACCACUUGCGUAUAGUACUGCACGAUUUUGGUAGCCGUGUGGACUAUGAAGAGAGCCAAGGAUCGUCACAGGCCUCGACGUCGUUCCCGUGUCCGGCGACGACGCACGAGCCAACCUCUCAGCCAGAUCAGGGACGUCAGUGGAACACUACUGUAGGUAACGUGGAUAUUGAAUUUAAAUAA